UGUACCACCCUAUUUAUCAACUUCAUAACACACUAAUUUGUUUUACAUCAUUAAUAUAUUUUCCUAAGCAUUUUCUUUUUGCUAUAAGCCAUGGCUUUCAACACCAUGAGCAAGCUUUCUGCCACAAUUCUUGUGCUGUCUCUCCUUUCAACACCUUUGUUGAGCAAUGCAUGUGGAUCAUGCACGCCACCACCAAAACCAUGCCCAACUCCGGCACCACCACCACCACCAAAAGAGAAAUGCCCCAAAGACACAUUGAAACUAGGGGUUUGUGCUGAUGUCUUAGGACUUGGUAACGUUGUUGUUGGUUCUCCAGUUUCAAGCAAAUGUUGUGCAUUACUUGAUGGCUUGGUUGAUUUGGAAGCAGCACUUUGUUUGUGCACUGCUAUUAAGGCCAAUGUUCUUGGCAACAACUUAGAUGUCCCUGUUGCUCUAAGCUGGAUCCUUAGUGCUUGUCAAAAAUCAAUUCCUCCUGGCUUCCAAUGUUAACAUAAAAUCUUAUAAUUCAAGUAAGGAGAAACUCAUGUGCAGUUGUCUUCAUGUAAAGUUAAUCGUAGAGAACAUAAUAAUUUUAAAUUAUGUAAUGAUUCUUGACUUUCAACCUCACAUGAAGACAACUGCACGUGAGUUUUACCUUUAAGCAAUUAGUCAAAUUUCUAUGCACUUUAUUUUGUCGAGCUUUGUUAUAUUGUCGUUUAAUAAUAAGGUGUUGUCAUUAUAAAUAAAACUAGAUUUUCUUUUAACAUUA